UCGAAAUCUCAACAUUGAAGUAUUUCAAAAUCCAAAAGUGGUCGCUGGUCAGGUGAGGAUGCGCUAGGCCUAAAGGGGCUAGCCAUAAAAUCAGCCGUAACACUUUGGUAUCCGUUGAUUUCCUAUUCCCUUCGCGGCAUCAUCCAUCCUGCGCCGAGUCCAUCCUGAUCUUUGAUACAGCUGGUGCUCCCUUGAUAGCCAUUCCUAUUUAGCCAAUCGUGAUCCCUUACAGAUUGCAGAGAUUGACAUGAGUGCUGAAAAAUUUCUCGCCGACGUCGAAAACGGCGUGGUGCCGGUCGACAGCCACGAGAAAGUGUUAUGGAUAGCAUUCAUCCACAUGGAUGAGGGAUUGUGGCUCGGCGAUGGCGUGUUUGAUGUGAUUGAGAAACUGCACGAGCACGGGUGGUCAUUUGGCGAGGGCGACUUAAGGUUGAAUCGCACCCUGGAUUUAUUUUACCUCGCUCAAAUUGCAGCAGCCAUCUACCGCUCCUCUGACCAAACAGAGGGUGAAUUCCCCUCCCCCGAUGACUUCGAUGCUUUCUACACGGAACACCACGCGCUCCUUAACCCAUCCGCCUGGCGCUCUUAUUACUCUGAGGCGUUUUUAAGACAGCCCGCCACAGCACGCUUCUACCGACUCCCUGAUCUCCAAGAUCUACCUGACUCGGACUCCCCGCUGGACCAGACGCGCAAGCGACCUCACCCCGGUGGUGGCCCGCAUGCCACGAAACUCCCCCGCUGGGCGUACAACGUCCGUCGCACCCGCCGCAGACAGAAAUUGCUUUCGGUUGCGACUCUUAUCGAAAUAGCCCUCAGCACGCUGGAGACGACUAUCAACCGCCUGCGCAAGAAGCACCCCGGUGUUCCGCCUUAUUCGGAGACGCAAGCGCGCUUCUGGCUUGAGAACAUGGGUGUCGGGUUCUUCGGCCCACCAAAUAAACCCACGACGCCGUCCCCGGACGCGUGGGACGUGAAUCACUUCGGGGUAUUGGCCGCGCAGGGGAUGUUUGAUGUGUACCAGUGGCAAAAGAAGUACUCGGUGAAGGCUUGGGAGGCAAGCUGGGGAAGUAGUGGCGUCGUUGAGCCGGAUGUGGAGGAUGCUGCGUGGAAGAGCGAGAUUAUGUGGUGUGGGUGGCCUGAUGGCGGGAUUGGGGCAUACGCGUGGUGGAGGGGGUGGGAUGGGGAGCUUGGUGGUGAGGAGGAGGUGGAGUUUUUGGCUGCUGUUGCGGUGGAGGAGACAAAGGGUGUAGAGAUGGGUGACUUGGAUCUUGCAGUGCGGUCGCAUAUCCUACUUGGGGUGAUGGGGGCUGCGGUCAAAACAGGGCAAGAGAGGGAAGAUCAUCUACAAGAGCUGGAGAAGGGGGUGGUACAGAGCAGGAGGAUUAAGGAGGACAAGGCAGGUGUGUGGCUGAAGGAGGCUUUAGCGGUUAUCGAGCCGUAUGUGAGGAUAUGGGACGGGGUGUGGCCUGAAGGAGAGGAGGAGAGGGGGGAGAUGCUACGGCGGAUCUUGGUCGAGAACGGGCAGCUCUUUGCAAGAUAUAAGCUCUCGCCGCAUUUGAAGGAGUUCAAUUUCGAGUUGGGUCCGAGAAAGCUGGAGUAGUAGGUGUGCUUCUGAUUUGCCUGCAGACAUAAAUCAGUCUUUGUCUCAGAGCUUGAUGAGAAGCUUCCGUGCCAGAUUUGUAUAUCAAAAACAUCCUAGAUUAGUAAUGAUGAGGCAGCUUCUUGGAAAAUUCAAUUCUGGUAACAAACCCGCCAGUUCUUAUAGUAUGCUGGAGGGUACCAAUGGCAGC